UCUGGUACUUUUCUGAAAAGUGACCAAGAAGGUCGGCGCCGGCUUAGUUCCGGAUCCUGGAGCUAAUCCACCUAGAGCAGCAUGAGGCUUCCCACAGGCAGCCAGGCAGCCUCCGCCGUGCGGCCCCAUCCCUUUCAUGGCCACUGGGCGGAGACAUGUUUCUUUCAGUGGUAUUACGGUGGCAGGUGGGACCCUGCAUUUCAGGUUGGGGAGGCAGGAAAGGGGCCCAGUGUUCCCAGGACUGUCCAUUGUGGGGCUGGUGUUUCUAUACAGCCCCUUGUCUGUCAAAACUGUCCUGAAUGGGGUGACAAAGUACAGUGGGAAGUUGAGAAAUUCUUCAAAAGACCAAGUCUGGGGCAACUGUGUCUCCAGGAGUAGUGACCCAGCUCCUUUAGGCUGGAAACCAGCAUUUCCCAGCAGGGCUGGAGGCUGAGGACCGGGGACCUGCGUGGGAGGCGGGACCAUGUGGCUGUUCCCAGCCUUGCCCCAGUCCCAGUCCCAGAGGGAGUGGCUUUCAGCGGCUGAGGCUUCCACCGCGCUGACAGAAAGGGACAGCAGUGGCUGGUCCCAACAUGGGUAGUUGUUUCAGCCAGUGGGAUGGGGGUCGGGCCUCAUCUGGGGCAGGAGAAGAGUCCAGAGAUUCACUGGUGCCCAGCACCUAAGAACCUGGAGAAAACAGCACAGCAGCACUCCUGGCCAGCCCAGCCAGGGCAACACCGACAGCCCCUCCCAGGGUUGCGGGGCCGGCGGGGAGUGACAGACACACGCUUCUGUGGGAAGCUCUUCCCGGCCAGUGCAGCGACGCUGACAGCUGCGGCAGGGCUGGGUGGCCACUCUUGCAUCACCAACAACCGGCCGUGGAGGAGGGAGGGCACAGCCCGGGAUGUGAGCAGGCGUCGGUCAGGGGAAUGAGGAAGUUCCACUAGAACCGGCUCCCGCAGCUGCUGCCCUAGUGGGAGGGUCAUUGGCCAACCUGCUUUCACCCAGCUUGGGCUGGCCGUAGUGCCAGGCAGGUGCCCACAGCUCCUCCACCCAUGGAGGUGGCUGCCCUUGUAGGCUCCAGGGCGUGGUGGGAGUGUCCAGGAGGCAGAGGCCAGAAGCGGGUCAUACUGUGAAGGCAGUUCCUCUCUCAGACCCCAUCUGUGUCUCCCCUGCUGCAUAUCUGGGUGACACGGAUGGCCAAGGGGCAGGAACAGGAGCUGGGAAAGGCUGUGGAGGGGCCCUCGGCUGGUCUGGUGGGGAGCGGGUCUCUGUGUCUCUGCCGCCUCCCUGGGGGAUCCAGCGUGGGGAUGGGACAUGGAGCUGGGCACCUCUUCCUGGAUGCCCCUGGGCUGACCCCCUCGACAGCCCUGACAAGAGCCCUGGCCCAGCGUCUAAGAAGGAGCAGGAGCUGGGCAUGGGUGGGGGCAGGAGCCGGCGUUGCUCUCAGCGGCUGCCCCACACUCCCCAGCCUGCCUGCUGAGGCCAUGUCGGACUACGAGAACGAUGAUGAGUGCUGGAGCAUCCUGGAGGGCUUCCGGGUGAUGCUCACCUCGGUCAUCGACCCCUCGCGCAUCACGCCCUACCUGCGGCAGUGCAAGGUCCUGAACCCCGAUGAUGAGGAGCAGGUGCUCAGUGACCCCAACUUGGUCAUCCGCAAACGGAAAGUGGGCGUGCUCCUGGACAUCCUACAGCGGACCGGCCACAAGGGCUACGUGGCCUUCCUCGAGAGCCUGGAGCUCUACUACCCACAGCUGUACAAGAAGGUCACGGGCAAGGAGCCGGCCCGUGUCUUCUCCAUGAUCAUCGACGCGUCCGGGGAGUCAGGCCUGACUCAGCUGCUGAUGACCGAGGUCAUGAAGCUGCAGAAGAAGGUGCAGGACCUGACCACGCUGCUGAGCUCCAAGGAUGACUUCAUCAAGGAGCUGCGGGUGAAGGACAGCCUGCUGCGCAAGCACCAGGAGCGGGUGCAGAGGCUCAAGGAGGAGUGCGAGGCCAGCAGCCGUGAGCUCAAGCGCUGCAAGGAGGAGAACUACGACCUGGCCAUGCGCCUGGCGCGCCAGAGCGAGGAGAAGGGCGGCGCGCUCAUGCGGAACCGUGACCUGCAGCUGGAGAUUGACCGGCUCAAGCACAGCCUCAUGAAGGCCGAGGAUGACUGCAAGGUGGAGCGCAAGCACACGCUGAAGCUCAGGCACGCCAUGGAGCAGAGGCCCAGCCAGGAGCUGCUGUGGGAGCUGCAGCAGGAGAAGGCCCUGCUCCAGGCCCGGGUGCAGGAGCUGGAAGCCUCCGUCCAGGAGGGGAAGCUGGACAGGAGCAGCCCCUACAUCCAGGUACUGGAGGAGGACUGGCGGCAGGCGCUGCGGGACCACCAGGAGCAGGCCAACACCAUCUUCUCCCUGCGCAAGGACCUCCGCCAGGGCGAGGCCCGACGCCUCCGGUGCAUGGAGGAGAAGGAGAUGUUCGAGCUGCAGUGCCUGGCCCUGCGUAAAGACUCCAAGAUGUACAAGGACCGCAUUGAGGCCAUCCUGCUGCAGAUGGAGGAGGUCGCCAUUGAAAGGGACCAGGCCAUCGCCACACGGGAGGAGCUGCACCUGCAGCACGCCCGGGGCCUGCAGGAGAAGGACGCGCUGCGCAAGCAGGUGCGGGAGCUGGGUGAGAAGGCAGAUGAGCUGCAGCUGCAGGUGUUCCAGCGUGAGGCGCAGCUACUGGCCGUGGAGGGCAGGCUCAGACGGCAGCAGCUGGAGACGCUUGUUCUGAGCUCCGACCUGGAGGAUAGCUCACCCAGGAGCUCCCAGGAGCUCUCGCUCCCCCAGGACCUGGAGGACACCCAGCUCUCUGACAAAGGAUGCCUGGCCGGUGGGGGGAGCCCGGAACAGCCCUUUGCAGCUCUGCACCAGGAACAGCGUUCGCGGACCCCCCAUGACGCAGGCCUGAGCAGCGGGGAGCCGCCUGAGAAGGAGCGGCGGCGCCUCAAGGAGAGUUUUGAGAACUACCGCAGGAAGCGCGCCCUCAGGAAGAUGCAGAAAGGCUGGCGGCAGGGGGAGGCUGACCAGGGGAACACCACCGGCAGCGACAACACCGACACUGAGGGCUCCUAGCCGCGGCAGCGCAGGCCCCGUCCAGGGCACACCCACCGGCCCGGCCUCCCGCCACCUGGGGGUGCCGACGCCCUGGGGCGCAGACUUCCCCGAGCCGUCGCUGGCUUAGCCUGGAACGAGGAAUCUGGUGCUCUGAAAGGCCGAGCCGGGCAGCCUGGCGUUGGGGGCUGUUUGUUAAGCGGCACUCAGCUUGAGGAGGCCAUGCGGGUGCUCGCCACCCCCAUGCACACGCCAUCUGUGUAACUUCAGGGUCUGUUCUAUUUCACCAUGUAACACACAAUACAUGCAUGCAUUGUAGAAGUGUAAGAAAACACGGCAGCUUAAAUAAACAAACAGCAUGGGUGACUCGCA